AUGUCUGCCAAACCUGAUCUCCCGGACCCUACCACCGACCUUCACUGGUCAGCAUUCCGUGGAGCAAUCCAAGACAUAUUUUCUGCAAAUGCCGAAGCACAUCCAACCCGGCUAUGUGUUGUUGAGACAGCUUCUGGAUCCUCACCAAGACGAGAGUUCACAUACCGCCAAAUCAAUGAAGCAUCGAACAUCCUGGCUCACCAUCUGGUGCAGUCCGGGAUUCAGAGGGGAGAGGUUGUCAUGUCCUACAGUCACCGAGGGGUUGACCUGGUGGUCACGGUCAUGGGUAUCUUGAAGGCUGGAGCUACAUUUUCAGUCAUUGACCCUUCGUACCCGCCGGACCGUCAGAAUAUCUACCUCGAUGUAGCGAGACCGAGAGCCUUGGUUGUCAUUGACAAAGCCACCCGAGAAGCUGGAGAGUUGACCGAAAAAGUCAAAGAUUUCGUCAAGGAGAACCUGCAGCUCCGAACUGAGGUUCCAGGAUUGGAGCUCAAGGAUGACGGAACCCUCGUUGGUGGAAAAAUCAACGGGAAUGAUGUUUUGGCCGGCCAAGUAUCCUUGAAGGCCAAGAGCCCUGGUGUUGUGGUGGGACCAGACUCUUGCCCUACACUCUCCUUUACAUCUGGAUCUGAGGGUCGACCCAAGGGUGUCCAAGGACGACAUUACUCGCUGGCCUACUACUUUGACUGGAUGGCCGAGCAAUUCAAACUCACCAAAGAUGACAAAUUCACCAUGCUGUCAGGAAUCGCACACGAUCCUAUCCAGCGAGAUAUUUUCACACCCCUCUUCCUCGGAGCUCAAAUUUUGGUCCCUUCUAAAGAUGAUAUCCAGCACGAGAGAUUAGCAGAGUGGAUGCGAGAGCAUGGUGCUACAGUCACCCACCUGACCCCAGCAAUGGGUCAAAUUCUGGUCGGCGGAGCUAGUGCCGAGUUCCCAGCACUGCAUCAUUCUUUCUUCGUCGGAGAUAUUCUGAUUAAGAGAGACUGCAAGGCGCUGCAAAAACUUGCUCCAAAUGUGUUUAUCGUGAACAUGUAUGGAACGACCGAGACUCAACGAGCCGUCAGCUAUUUUGAGAUUCCGAGCCGAGCUGCCGAUCCAGAGUACUUGGACAAGAUGGGCAACAUCAUACCAGCUGGGAAGGGUAUGAAAGACGUCCAACUUCUUAUCGUAGACCGCGAGAAUAGGAAUCGUGUCUGCGACUUGGGAGAAAUUGGAGAGAUUUAUGUUCGUGCUGCUGGACUGGCUGAGGGGUAUCUUGGAAGCGAUGAGCUCACCAAGACCAAGUUUGUGGAUAGUUGGUUUGUUGACAACGCUAAGUGGAUCGAAGAGGACAAGAAGGCUGCCAAGUCACUUGCGGAGGAGCCUUGGAGAGAAUUCUACAAAGGUCCAAGAGACCGUAUGUACCGCUCUGGUGAUCUAGGACGAUACAUGUCAACUGGUGAUGUCGAGUGUGUUGGUCGCGCAGACGAUCAGGUUAAAAUCCGUGGAUUCAGAAUCGAGCUCGGGGAAAUAGACAAAUAUCUCUCCGAUCACGUUAUGGUUCUCGACAACGUCACUUUGGUGCGAAGAAACAAGGAUGAAGAGCAGACCCUAGUCAGCUAUAUCGUACCUGAUAUGCAGAAAUGGGCCUCAUGGCUAACGCAGAAGGGUCUGGAAGACGACGUAUCCGGAGAGGGUAUUCAAGGAAGACUGCGCAGAUUCUGGCCUUUAGGAGACGACAUCAAGCAUUUCUUGAAAGAGAAACUCCCAUCUUAUGCCAUUCCAGAAGUCAUCAUUCCUCUCGACAAGUUCCCACUGAACCCUAACGGCAAGAAAGACAAGCCAGCGCUUCCAUUCCCGGAUGCAGCACAGCUAUCUGCUGCAAAACCACAAGGGAAGUAUGUAGAUCUCUCAGAGACCGAGAAAGAGGUCGCCGCCAUUUGGGGAUCUCUCAUCGCUACCGUGGAUGAGCGAACGAUCAGUCCAGAUGACUCGUUCUUUGAUAUCGGAGGCCAUAGUAUACUGGCUCAGCAGAUGCUCUUUAAAAUCAACCGCAAGUGGGAAGGUAUCAAGAUUAACAUGAGUGUGAUCUUUCAAAAUCCAAACCUUAAGGCUUUCGCUGCUCAAAUUGAUCGACGCGCAUCUUCGACCACCAACGGCGAAGCUCAUGUCGAGGCAGCAGAAGACUAUGCCGCCGAUGCAAAAGCACUUCUCAAAUCUCUCCCUGCUUCGUUCCCGUCCGUAGACGCAGCAAUCACCACCACCACGCCUCUCACUAUCUUUCUCACAGGUGCAACUGGCUUCCUAGGAGCUUACCUUCUCCGAGACCUCCUCACCCGCCCCUCGCCUCCCAUUAAAGUGAUCGCCCACGUCCGCGCCCUUGACGCCGCAGCCGCCCUCGACAGAAUAACGCAAACCUGUCAAGCCUACGGUGUCUGGGACCCUUCCUGGACUACCCGUAUCACCUGUGUAGUCGGGGACCUUGGCGCUCCUCGUCUCGGUCUCUCAGAAGCCACAUUUGAGAAAGUCGCGCAGGAUGCCAACAUCGUCAUCCACAACGGCGCUUUAGUUCAUUGGGUAUACCCUUACUCCAACCUACGACCCGCCAACGUCCAGGGUACGCUCGACAUCCUGUCCCUCUGCGCAACUGGCACUUCCAAGCAGUUAGCUUUCGUAUCUUCAACCUCAGUGCUGGAUACCGAGCACUUCGUUAAACAAUCCCAGUCCGGCGUUCCCGUCUCCGAGGACGACGAUCUCGCAGGAAGUGCCACGGGUCUCGGGACAGGAUACGGACAAUCGAAAUGGGUCUCUGAAUUCCUCGUGCGGGCGGCUGGCCAACGAGGUCUCCGAGGAACCAUAAUCCGUCCCGGCUACGUGACGGGUGAUCCCAAGAGUGGCGUGACCAACACCGAUGAUUUCCUGAUCCGCAUGGCAAAGGGCUGUAUACAGCUCAGCUGCCGUCCCAAGAUCGCGAAUACCGUCAACCAGGUCCCCGUGAACCACGUUGCGCGCGUGGUCGUUGCGUCGGCGCUGAGCCCGCCGAAGAGAGAGUUGGCGGUUGCCCAAGUAACAAGUCACCCGCGCUUGACGUUCAGUAUGUACUUAGCGACGCUGGAGACGUACGGAUACGAGGUUCCUGAAGUCGAGUACAAGGUGUGGAGUAAGAAGCUGGAGGAAUAUGCUGCGAAGGAGGAGAACGAGCAGCAUGCUCUAAUGCCGCUCUACCAUUUCGCAACCACUGACCUGCCCGGCGACACCAUCGCCCCCGAAAUGGCCGAUGCCAAUGCCGCUGUGGCCUUGAAAUCAGAUGCGCAAUUCACCGGCGAGGAUCUCUCUGCCGGCGGCUUCGUCGACGAGCCCAUCAUGGGACGGUAUCUGGCGUAUCUGGUCGGUAUUGGGUUCGUGUGCGCGCCACCCACGAAGGGGAAGAAGACUUUGCCUGAAGUGGGCAUUAGCGAGGCGCAGAAGGCUGCGUUGUUGAGGGUUGGUGGACGAGGUGCUUUGGUUUAG